CCAAAAACCUCCCCACUCCCCACCAUUUUCCCGCACCAAAAUAAAUCCCCACAAGCCCUACUCUCAUUUUCUCGUCCCUCAGCCGCUCCGAACCCUUCCCUCCCCAGAUCCUCACCAAUCCAAAAAUGACAACCCGCUUCAAGAAGCACCGCAAGAAGCGCGGCCACGUGAGCGCCGGUCACGGCCGUAUCGGCAAGCACCGCAAGCACCCGGGAGGUCGCGGAAACGCCGGAGGCAUGCACCACCACAGGAUCCUCUUCGACAAGUACCACCCUGGGUAUUUUGGGAAGGUCGGUAUGAGGUACUUCCACAAGCUCCGUAACAAAUUCUACUGUCCCAUCGUCAACAUCGACAAGCUCUGGUCUCUCGUUCCACAAGACGUGAAGGUGAAAGCCAACAAGGAUGCCGCGCCGAUGAUCGACGUGACUCAGUUCGGGUACUUUAAGGUCCUCGGAAAGGGUGUGUUACCAGAGAAUCAACCGAUCGUGGUUAAGGCUAAGUUGGUUUCGAAGACUGCUGAGAAGAAGAUCAAGGAGGCUGGUGGUGCUGUUGUGCUCACCGCCUAGGUCAGGGUUUGUUUUUUUCUUUAUUUUUGGGAUCUGAAUGACGAUUCUGUUAUACUAUUAUCUUGGGUUGUUUGGAUUUAUUUUUGAAAUGAGAUUUUAAAUUAAUGUCAUUAAUUUUGGCGCAAUUACGUA